CGGCAGCCUGGCCGAGCGUUAGUGGCUGCUCUCCGCGCGGCGUUUCGCAAAGGACUUCAGCGAUCUACUUUUGCAGUCGCCUCGGACUGUCCAUGUGUUUACUUGCCCCAGCCCGAGGACUCGAUGUCUAGGCUUCUGUGAAAUGCAACUGAGCAGCCAAAGUACUUUGAGAACACGGGGCGGCAUAAACACCAAAACUUUUUUGUGGAAGGAAAAUGCAAUAAGCAAGCUCGCCGUUUUCCGAUGCGGCGUGGAGUGAGUGUGUGUCGCGCGUGUCCGCACAGGAGGCACACGCUUGUGUGUGUACAUGGGGUGUGUUUUUCGGUACGUAGGGAGAAAAUGCUUGCCAACCACCGGAAACCUCCUGGAAUUUAUUAGAAAAUAAUGGAUUAUUAAAAGGAGGCAGGCGAGGAGCGGAUCUCCCCUUGAGUUGCUAGCCGAUCUGCUGCCGGCUCAGUUUGUUGGGAUUCUAUUUGUUGAUAGGUGUCUGAUGGUAUUCCGAUAACACCCCCUCUUUCCUCCCCUGGAUCUUUACAGUUUUUUUUUAAGGAAACAACAACAAAAAAAACCACCCCAAAUCUCUCCCUCUUUAUUUUCGCCCCGUGGGGAUCGCUGUUUUCAUCCAUGUGCUUGCGUCUCCCCCGCGUUCCACUUAAACUAUUUUAAUCCUUGGACCCAAGGAGGAGGCUGAUAGGGGGGGUGGAUUAAAAAAAAGUUCUUCCAAAAUAGUGUGCCCCAGGAGCAGGAUGGGGGAUUUCGCAGCCCCCACUGCUGCCGCGAAUGGUAGUAGUAUCUGCAUCAACAGCAGCCUGAGCAGCAACCUCGGCGGGGCCGGGAUCGGCGUGAAUACUCCCAAUAGCACUCCGGCUGCUCCGAGUGGCAAUCACCCCGCUGCCGGCGGCUGCGGCGGCUCCGGGGGCCCCGGCGGCGGCUCGGCGGCCGUCCCCAAGCACAGCACGGUGGUCGAGCGGCUCCGGCAGCGUAUCGAGGGCUGCCGGCGGCACCACGUCAACUGCGAGAACAGGUAUCAGCAGGCUCAGGUGGAGCAGCUGGAGCUGGAGCGCCGGGACACCGUGAGCCUCUACCAGCGGACCCUGGAGCAGAGGGCCAAGAAAUCGGGCGCCGGCACCGGCAAGCAACAGCACCAGAGCAAAGCCCAGCAAGAUGCGGAGGCUGCCUCGGCGGAGCAGAGGAACCACACGCUGAUCAUGCUCCAAGAGACGGUGAAAAGGAAGCUGGAAGGGGCUCGAUCGCCACUUAACGGGGACCAGCAGAAUGGGGCCUGUGAUGGGAGCUUUUCUCCAACAAACAAGCGCAUCCGCAAGGAUCUUCCCACGGGGUUGGAAGCCAUCAACAGUUUGCCCAACAACAUGCCCCUGCCUUCAGCUUCGCCCCUUCACCAACUUGACCUCAAGCCUUCUUUGCCCUUGCAGAACAGUACGGCUCACCCUCCUGGGCUUUUAGACGAUCUGGGUAAGAAUGGCAGGCUCCCCGAGAUUAAACUCCCCGUCAAUGGCUGCGGGGAUCUAGAGGACAGCUUUGCUAUCUUGCAAAGCAAGGACCUCAAGCAGGAGCCUCUUGAUGACCCUGCCUGCAUAGACCCAUCAGAAACGUCACUUUCCAAUCAGAACAAGCUGUUCUCCGACAUUAACCUGAAUGACCAAGAGUGGCAGGAACUAAUAGACGAACUGGCCAACACGGUUCCGGAAGAUGACAUCCAGGACCUGUUCAAUGAAGACUUUGAGGAGAAGAAGGACCAAGAAUUCUCACAGACAACCAUGGAGACCCCACUCUCCCACGAGAGUGCCAGCAUGAAGAGUGAUGCUUCUCAUUCUCCUUUUGCGCACGUCUCAAUGGGAUCGCCCCAGGCCAGACCUUCAUCUUCCGGUCCUCCCUUUUCUACUGUCUCCACAGCCACUAGCUUGCCAUCCGUGGCCAACACUCCCGUGGCUCCAAACCCUGCCAGCUCACCAGCUAACUGUGCCGUCCAGUCCCCCCAAACUCCUACGCAAGCCCACACUCCGGGUCAAGCCCCACCGCGGCAUGGCAACGGCUAUCUUCUUAAUCCAGUCUCGGUGGCGGUAUCUGGUUCAGGGUCAGGCUCGGUGGCAGGGCCCAGCUCUGACAUGUCUCCGGCAGAGCAACUCAAACAGAUGGCUGCCCAGCAACAACAGAGGGCCAAGCUCAUGCAGCAGAAGCAGCAGCAGCAGCAGCAACAACAACAGCAGCAGCAGCAACAGCAACAGCAGCAGCAGCCGCACUCAAAUCAGACUUCAAGUUGGUCUCCCUUAGGGCCUCCGUCAAGUCCAUAUGGAGCAGCUUUCACUGCAGAAAAACCAAAUAGCCCAAUGAUGUACCCCCAAGCCUUUAACAACCAAAACACUAUAGUGCCUGCAAUGGCCAACAGCCUGCAGAAGACGAACAUGAACAACUACCUCCCCUCCAAUCACAUGAAUAUGAUCGGUCAGCAGCCAAAUAACUUGGGUACAAACUCCUUAACCAAACAGCACAAUAUUCUUACCUACGGCAACACUAAGCCCCUGACCCAUUUUAAUGCGGACUUGAAUCCAAGGAUGACGCCCCCCAUGGCCAACCCCAACAAAAACCCCUUGAUACCCUACAUCCAGCAGCAGCCUCCGCAGCCCCAGCCCCAGCCGCAGCCGCAGCCUCCCCAGCAGCAGCCUCCGCCUCCACCACAGCUGCAGGCUCCCAGGGCACAUCUGAGUGAGGACCAGAAGCGCAUGCUUCUCAUGAAGCAGAAAGGAGUGAUGAAUCCACCCAUGGCCUACGCUGCGCUUCCAGCCCACAGUCAGGAGCAGCAUGCAGCUGGUCUUCCCAGGACCGCGGGCCCCAUGCAGAACUCUGUGCCGCCGCCGGGGUCGACCAGCAUGGUCUCAGGAGCCAGUCCUGGGGGACUUGGCUUUCUAGGGGGCCAGCCACAGGCAGCCAUCAUGAAGCAGAUGCUAAUGGACCAACGAGCCCAGCUGAUGGAGCAUCAGAAGCAACAGUUCCUUCGGGAGCAGAGGCAACAGCAGCAGCAGCAGCAGCAGAUCCUGGCUGAGCAGCAGUUACAGCAGUCACACCUGCCCCGCCAGCACCUCCAGCAGCAGCGGACACCGUACCCAGUGCAGCAGGUCAAUCAGUUCCAAGGUUCACCCCAGGAUAUAGCGGCCGUGAGAAACCAGGCAGCCCUCCAGAACAUGCGGACAUCAAGGUUGAUGGCACAGAACGCAGGCAUGAUGGGAAUGGGACCCUCCCAGAACCCAGGGACUAUGGCCACAGCAGCAGCCCCGUCAGAAAUAGGACUGACCCCUUAUAGUGCCCCUCCACCCAACCAACCCGGAAUGUACAACAUGAGCACAGGAAUGACCCAAAUGUUGCAGCACCCGAACCAAAGUGGCAUGAGCGUCCCACACAGCCAAGCCCAGGGACCCAGGCAGCCUGCCUCUGGCCAAGGAGUGGGCAUGGUGAGCGGCUUUGGUCAGAGCAUGCUGGUGAACUCGGCUCUGACCCAGCAGCACCAGCCGUUGAAAGGACCUGUGGGCCAGGCCUUGCCGAGGCCCCAAGGCCCACCAAGGCUUCAGAGUGUCAUGGGAACCAUCCAGCAAGGAGCGCAGAACUGGCAACAAAGGGGCCUACAGGGAGUGCCUGGGAGGACUAGCGGAGAGUUGGCGCCAUUCAACAAUGGCGCCAGCUACCCGCUCCAAGCUGGUCAGCCAAGACUGGCAAAACAACACUUCCCACAGGGACUGAGCCAGUCAGUCAUGGACGCUAACGCCGGCGCAGUGAGAACCCUCAAUCCAGCGGCUAUGGGCCGUCCGAUGAUGCCACCACUUGCAGGGCAGCAAGGUCCCAGUCAAGUGAGGCCGUUGGUCAUGUCUGGUCUGAACCAGGGUGUCCCUGGCAUGGCGGCAUUCAGCCAGCCCCCAGCCCAGCAGCAGAUAGCGGGCGGCACCUUUGCCGCGAGCAACCAGGGCCAGGCCUACGAGCGGAACCCUGCUCAGGACAUGUCCUACAAUUAUAGUGGUGAGGGUGCUGGGGCUUCAUUCCCUGGCCUCCCGGACGGUACAGACCUGGUGGACUCCAUCAUCAAAAGUGGCCCGGGGGAUGAGUGGAUGCAAGAACUUGAUGAACUCUUCAGUAACCCCUAGUCGGGAGGGGUCCGAGAGCUGUAGUGGCGGAAGCCUCACAGGCGGGAAAGAAACAGGAUGGUACCCCAUCCUUGUUUUUUGUUUUUUUGACCCACGUAAACCGAGAAAACGACAGCCGGCUGACAGUAGAGAAGGUACGGGUGCCAACCCCCAGCUCCAUGGGGCUUCAUUCCACCUGCCUUCCACAGAACAACCAAGUAGAGAGGUCAUGCGGAUACCUCCGUGCAGAGAAGAGAUGUGGGAAGCAGGGGAGUAAGUCGAGGCAGCAAGAGUUCCUCUGCUAAGCACCCCGGGACCCACUGGUCCAGAAAGAGUCGUUCCGACCCAGAGAGGGACCGUGGCCCAAGAUGAGGUCCCCUCAGACCUGCCUGCCUCAGUUCCCGAGACCUCGGAGAUGGAGCCUCAGCCAGAGGAAGCCCAGCCGGAGGAUGCUGGGAGACACACAGGCAGUGCGCAUAGGUCUGAAACCCUCUGAAUGCUGGAUGGAAGGAGAUGUCUACUUCCAGACGUGUUCCUGGAUAUGGAGGCAGGCACGAAGAACGGUGGACUCGCCUGAGCUGGCCCAAGGGAGACAAGCAAGGAUCCUGUAGGGCUAUCUGUCUCCUGCCCAGCGAUGACCCUCAGGAAUGGUAAGGUGUUGCUGCCAGCCCCCUCACCAGGAUUGACAACUAUACUUGAGAAGGGCCCAACUGGUAGCCCUGAAGGUCAACUUCUGCCAGUGGCCAUGGUGGCCAUCGCUCUAGGUUGCGCUGAGCUUCCUGGAGGCCCCAUCUGAUUCAACAUAUCUGUUUUCAUCUGUUUGCGAUCAUAGCGUGGAGAGGCCCCUGCUGGACUCAGUGUCUGCCAGCCCAGCCCCUUCCUCCCUCACCACUGUCUCUAGUCCUGGCCUCUGUGCCAGCCUGCCUUUACUUCUCCCUACAGGAAGGGAAGCCCUGGGGCAAAGUCAAAGGAAGUACAAGAAGAAUUUAGACAGUGUCUGGCUUAGGGAGAUCUCCGCAGGAGCCAAGUGGGCUGCGCUGAUAAAAAGCUGCAGGUUUAUGCGUUAUACCCACACUUCAGAUAUCCCCAGGGAAGAAUGGCCUGGCGUCCUUUCAGAUGAUGCCAACAAUGACGCUCCAGAAUCAACCCCAUCAUCAGAAAGGCAAAUAUCAAAUGCUAGAGAUGGAAAAGCUGAAAACUCAUAACUCCACCUUAACCAGUUCAGACGCUAAAGAGAGAGAGAUGCGGCCCCCAUCUUGAAGGCUGUGCCGCCGUCUUCUUGGUAGCAUGCAUACCUGCCCGACGUGAAAACUAAGAAGGAAUUAACAACCUCUGUGGUCACAAGCCUUGUCUCUCGCUCUGUACCUCCCCUCCCACAAGCCCAUCUUGGAGGUCAGAUGGCAUUCUUCCAUGAUGUUGCGCACACACACACACACACACACAUCCCACAAACUGGCUUCCUUCUCUGUCUUCACGUCCAUCUCACUCCAGAAGACAGGAGCCCGUGGAGACUGUACCGGCCAUACCCACGAACAUCCCGAGAAGGUAUAGAAGGCUGCCGUGGAGCACUGUGGCUCUGGUCUCCAUACCCUGAGAGUUCCAGACCUGCUCUGCCAGGAAGUAAAGCCAGAGGCACCAGGGUGAGGAGCUGUGCGCCUCUCGAAAGAGGUGGUGGCAAGGUGACUGUGGACUCCCAGAAUGGGGGGGUACUGCCGCUAGGGAAACUGAGUGGAGACACGUGGAAACCAAAAAAUAAUAAUUAAAAAAAAUAGUAAAGUGAGAAAUCAGAAUACAGAUGUAUCACCUUUUCCUGCCAGGUUACAGGAAAAAAAUAUAUAAGCAAUGAGGAGAAACUGGAGGUGGAGAGAGUGGGCGCCAUUGUCCUUGGAAAGCCUCCAGCAAGUGCUCAGCCUGAGGACCAACUAAUAUGGUAGAUUUUAAUGAGGUCAUUUUGUUUUGUUUUUACUACGGUGCUGAUGUAUAUGUAAUGUCUAAAAAAAAGAAGUUAUUUGUACAUAAGUUUUUACAAUGCUACAGAUAUCACUGGGUCUACUAUAUGUA